AAAUAGGAUCGGCGGACGAAUUUGACACUAAUAUCCUUCUUAAUCUUGACAAGAAUUCUUGGUAUCGAUGUAUGAUUCUAAUGAAGGAAUAGAUUACAGUUAUGUCACGAACGAAAAUUCUAAUAUGCGUCAUUGUCGAAGGCUUUCCACUGGUUUUGAUGUUCCUAUUCCUAAUGGAUGUGCCGUUGUUGAAGUGCAGAAUAUCGGUAAUACACAGAGGUUUAUUCAUACAGCAGAGAGAAAAAUAACUGUGCUUAAGCCAGUAUUUCGUGGAUAUGGAUUUUUCACUGUACCUCAUUAUGAAACCGUUAAAACAGAAAUCAACAGAAACAGCGACGGAAAAAUUGAAAUACUACCAAGGGAUAUAAAACAAGAUUUCCACGCCAAAAUAAGGACGGCAAUAAGUGAUUUAAGAAUGCAUAAUGUCAAAUUAGAUGAAAAUUCCCAUGGACCAGCAUUAACGUUAACCUUAUCACCAGACAGAAAGAGAGGUGUCCAUCAUAACAUAAGCGUAGACCUGACGGUUUCGCUUAAAUGCUCUCUUCAGCUUCAAGAAUUUAACUGGCCUAGGUCUGCAACAUUGAGAGCAUUUGAUGAAGAACUGAUUGAACGUGCCAUCGGAGCCGGAAUCCAUCUCGUUCCAAAGAAGGACCUGUUUUGGUCAAUAUCGUUCUCUCGUGCAGAGAGAGCUCUGUUAUCUGGUAUUGACGCAGACUCUGGUUGCAGAAAAAAAGAUCCUUAAGAUACUGAAGUGUUAUCUAGAACAUUGCAAAUCUGAGUCUCCAAGUGAUCUGCAAGGCAUCAGUUCACACAUUUUAAAGACCCAAGUGUUGUGGUCUUGUGAGACUCAUGCAGAUGAUCCAGACUACUGGAACCAUGAUAACAGAGUUGUGUGCCUCAGCAACACGAUGCGUGAAUUGGAGCAGUCCUUAAUGGAAGCAGAUCUAGAUGAUUAUUUCAAUGACUCGAUUAAUCUUCUUCAGGGGAAAGAUAUUAGAGUUCUUCAUGAAUUGGCGCACUAUUUGAACACAGAAAGGAAGAAAUUGUAGCGUGAUAAUGUGCUGAAACACGCGCCUAGUAAACAUUAACAUUCGACUUUUAGUUUACAUUUCUAAAUAAACACAUUCCUGUACGUAAUUCUUGUUUCAACAGAAUCAUUAUGACAUAAUUAUCUAUUUCAUCAAAAUAUCAGUGGUACAUUUUAUGUAAUGCUCAUGUAUUCCAACUAAUGGUAAAUUGUUUUAUUAGUCGUCAUUAUGAUAUAAACGCUAAAUGUGCAUCCUGUGAAGUACGUAACCAUACGGUCGUCAAUUACAUCGUGUAUAUCACAAUUAUGCCAGUGUGGUAAACAUAACGAAAAUGCGUGUCGAAAGAAAUUGUACAAACGUUUUCUCCAAUCGACAUUGAAUUUCUUACUUCCUUUAAUUAUUAAUUUGUACUUUGGUUUUUUAGUAUGACUGAAAUACUAUACGUAUCUACCUGUUGGUACUGUAUAAAAGACAUCUGGUAAUCAGUCCCUCGUUACCAUAGAGGAAGUUUAUGUGAGAGAAAAGCAGUCCCUCAUUUCAUCACAUAUUUGAUUGAAAAAAGACAUCCUGAGCUGCUGAAAGUAACGCAGUUUUAUGUCACUGGAUGAAGGAAAAGAGCCCGAGUUUGUUAGAAAAUAAUUUCUUCUUUAGAUUGUAAAUGUCUGCGGAUUUGCUAAAAAAGUAGGCUCAGCUGCUUCACUUCGGAAAAUUGCAAUACACUAUUCAUUCUGAGAAGAAGCGGGCCAACAGGUCACUUGAUAAAGAUGAUUGUGUUUCUCUGGCAUAGCUACUAGUAUCUAAAGAAUGUCCAUAGAGCACAGUGACAAGGCAGUGUGUUGUUAUAUCUAUAUGUAACUAAAUGAGAAAUUGAUUGUCUUUUUGGGCCAUCUGAUGUACAAAUGUAAUUAAAGUUACGUGGAAUUACUCUGAAUUUACUAAUAAACUAAAGCAAACAUACUGUAAAACGACGGAAUUUUUUUUUUAUAAUUCAUUCGCGAACUAAAAAAGAUACAUGAGAAAGUAAUAGUCUUACAUAUUUCACAAGUUGGCCUUACAUUGUGAAUAUUCUACCUCGCGACUUUAAGCCUCUUCAGAAUAGGUUCCGCUUCAUUAAUAACGGCCCCCUAAAUUUUAUCCUUUACACUUUUCGGAAUUUAAAAUUCUCAUAUGGCAUUUUUAUCUAGUAUGAGACAGAAUGCUAUAAAACAAUUUUAAACGCAGAAGAGCAAAAUAAAAACACUAUGCUAUUGAGAAUGUGUAAAGGAAUGGAAAUGGAAGAAACAUUUCUUGUAUUUUGUUCAAAACAUGCAAGUUGCAAUAACAGUUACAAUAACAGGCAAUAGUGUCAGUUACCAGGUUAAAAGAGAACAAAAUGCGGUUGUAGGGUCCUAGCUAUAUAUAUAUAUAGAAUAGACAAAAAUAUGGCAAUGUGAAUGGAUAUUAGGUCUAUAUCUGAAUGUGUAUCAUUAAUGAGUUUUGAGCUAUGAGCGUCAUGUUACCACUUGUGACUUAUUCUGUGUAGGCUUUGACUUUGUAAUGAUAAUCAUGUUGGACUUUUGCCUUUUUCAAAAAAAAAACAAACUCAUUUUGUGUAUAUUUAAAUGGCCACGAAAUUACCAUGUUUAUUUAUAAAACAUGUCAGAAAUAUUUUAAAGCGAUAUAAUGUACUGAAAUGUAUAAAACGUAUAACUGAAAUCAUUCUGAAACUGACACAAAUACAUUGUAUUUUAUUUAGUAAACCGACUAUAUUCGUUUUAUCAUUCCUCAAAUCUAAGUACGUAAUGGUUUUUACUUUGAUAUUCAUGUAAAUAUCUUGUUCAAAAAUUCAAAAUGAAGCAACAAUAAAGAAUGACAUUUUUUUCAUAACAGCAUAAUCUUAUGACUUAUAAAGAAUAUGAAGUAAUUUCUCUUUAAUAUGACCAUAUCGGCGUGUUAAAUCAUAACUUCCUUUUUCAAAGGCUUGGUUUAACAUUUAUCCUAAAAGUGUUGUAAGAUAACAUCAAUCAUUUCAAAACAUGAUUAAUAAAUUUAAAAAAGAAUUAAUCAGAUUGAAUCAUUCUAAGUAGUUCAAACUCCAAUGAUAUCAUGCAAUAUACAUAUCGAAAUUUCUAAUGUCUCCUCUAUAAUUUUAUCACUUUCUUCCAUUAUGAAAACACUAAGAUACAUGUAGAAUGAUAUGUUGUUAAUAAAAUGUACCAUUCAUCAAAAUCGAAUAGAUCAUAGAUUUUAUUAUUUUUUAUUUUUUAUUUAUCAUUAGACUAUAUUAUCAUAUGUAUUUUACUACCUUAAUCAUACUUUUUGUCCGCCUUUUUUGUAUCUUGUCACAUCGUUAUAUCUUGGAAACGAGUUAGAAUUCGAAUGAAUAUUCGACCAAAAUUUGAUAUUUUUGUGUUUCUUUAUAAGUGAUAUUUGUUCCUUGAAAACAAACAAAAAAUGUAUGAUUUUGAUUACUUUUAAACAAUGGGCACGUGGCAAAAAACUGUAAUUUUACACAGUUUGGUAGAGUCGAAAUAAUCAUAUGUCCUUAACAAUGUCUGAGAAAGUUCAGAAGUAAAAUUAUAGUGUUAUUUUAGAUAUUACCAGAAAACAAAAAAAAAUCUGGGGGCGUUAGAAGUUUCGGUAAAAGUAUAAUUCAUUCCAUUUAAUUGAAUAUAUCAAUAAUUAUAGUUAUCAAUAUAUUUCCAUGUAAUGUCUUAAAACGAAAUGUAUCACCGGACUUUCAAACAUUAUAAGGACGAUAUUUUUUUUAAUGAUUCUCAUUGACAAAGUCGAUCGGAAAUACAUUUGAAUUUUAUUUGAUAUUUACAUUAUGCAAAUAACUGGAAUAAGUUUCAACUUUUUCAGUAAAAUGUGAUAGCUUUCAUUGCCGCUGAGGCUCCGAUAGCUCACUCUCUUUUAAAGUUUUGAAACAGCCAAGUUAUGGGACUUUUUUUGUUAAUAUCCUAUAUACAUACAGUCUACAUAUGCAAUUUUUUGCGCGCCUAAUCUCCCGAACCCUUGCACACAAUUUAAUGAAACUUCACACAAAUGAUCAGUACCAACCCUAGUUGUGCAUGGUGUAUGUUACGUUCUUUUAGAUAAAUAUUCUGCAGAAUUAUGGGACUUCGUUUUUUGUUACUAUACUGUAUACAUACAGUCCACAUAAUUAUGCAAUAUUGUGUGCUUCAAAUUGCAAUGUACUGUGUUAGUGCGUGUGAGGGUACAUUCAUCAUCUUCAGUGAUAGCUCAAGUUUAUAAUGCACUAAUAGUGCCUUUUAAUUGAGGGAACGUAUAAUAAGAUUGAGACCUAAUGGUUUUCAAACAAUGUAUGACAUAUCUUUGCACUAAAUAUCGUUAUAUUUCGUAGUUUGAUUUUGGCGCUAUUAAAACGACAUUAAUUUUACUAUUUAUUUGACCAGUUUUAAGCAAAGUUAUGUAUAGUUCAUAUAAAAUAUAUAUGCCAAUAAAAGUGAGAGAAAAUUUACUCAGAAAUAACAAAUUAAGGUUUACUUUCUUAAUUAGAGAAGUACGUUUGCGUAUAUAAGUAUGUAUGUACAUGACCAUUAGAGUGAUAAAAAAUAAAGUUAAAAUAGGAGGAAAAUAUAAUAGUUUAUAGCUUAUUUUCGCACUUAUAUAACUACCUUUGUAAUCGAAUUUGACAUAGGUAAUUAAUUUAAUGGUUAUGUUCUUAUUACUGGUGAAAGAUCAUUUAUGUUUUGUUUGUAAGUGUGUAUUGAUAGGAUUUAUAUAGUAACAUAAUAUUAGAACAAAUUAGAUAUAAAACAGAAAGAAGAUGUAGCUUAUUUUCGUAAUUAUUUCUUAUUUCGCACUUUAGGCCUAUCAAUUUUAAAGAGGUAUAGAUGAAUUUUUUGUUGCAUAAUGGAACAACAGUACUAAAUAGGUAAUCAAGCAGCACUUCCGGGGGUGGGGGGAGGGAUUUUGGUAGCAUUUUCAGUAAGCUUAUUUUGCAUUUUUAGAAAUGUAAACAAACCUUAUUACUGAUGUGUUCAUACUCACAUUUUAGCUGUCGGUUUGGAAGAUAUUCCAUAGUAUUGACCUGUCAGACAAACAAUCUCUCUUAGAUGAUACAUGACCCCUACUUUUUUUUUUUUUUUUUUUUUUGUGUGUGGUCUAUAGGUCAUUUAAGAACUUAAGGCAAGUAAAUCUUUUAUAAAAUGUGCCUGGCUAUGUGUUUCAGCUCUCAGAAGAUUGUUAAUCUUAUAUAAAACAUAUAGCAAAUUUAUUUACUAUUGUACAGCCUAUUCAUUCGCCAUUUUUCCAGUUACCCAUAAUCAAUUGCAGCAUGGUGACUUCCGGUUUAGAUUUCAGCUGAUUACAAAUUCACGAGCGAUAGCAGAAAUCAUUUAAAAUGAUGACCCAUUAAAUCGCUAGGUAUGUAAAAAUUGCCAGAAAUCAUAUGUCGUAUUCAUUAAAUUGAAAUACAUAUUACUGUUGUUAAAUAUUAAUAAUAGUGAAAAUCUUCGUCUUACAAAUUACAACGACUAGAUGGAAGGUGGGUUGGGUAAAUUAAUGUCAUUAUUUGUAAGUGUUGUUAAACCCAACACUCGUUCUAAAGAAAUAUGUAUGUGCAGUACAGUUUCGUUUUUCUAUUGUUUAUUAGCCUAUAUUAUCAUCUUCAAUUACUUAUCUUGUGUUAGGAAUAAUACAUUUAGAGACUUAAAGUUA